GCACAUUUUUCCGCUUUCCUCCAUCGCAGGAAACGACCACACGAUGGCGUCUUUCUGCCGCUCCGCCGCCGCCGCGGCCAGGUCGGCUGCGCUCCGGUCCAAGUCCCGGAUCGCGAGCCCGUUCCCGGCAACGAGGUCUCCCGUUGCCGCUCCUCGCCUCCGCAGGUCCACGGUGAAGAUGCUGGCGGGCGCGGAGUCGCUGAUGCCGCUCCACAGCGCGGUGGCUGGCGCGCGGCUACGGUCGUGCAUCGCCGCCGACUCCUCCUGCUGGAGCUGCCUCUCCCAAGACUUUGCUCUUCCUCGGUGACGAAGGCUGAAGAGGUGGGCAUCCUACUAGGAACAGCACUCAGGAUGGAUCUUAUUUAUAUGCUAGAUGCUCGGCUUGGCGAGUCCAUGGCUACAGAGAUACUGAACUUUGUUUGGUGACUCGGUGUUCGGGUGCGUUCUUUAACUAGUAGGGUUCUGGUGGUUGAAAUGUCCUUUUCUCUGUAUCAACUGUUGGUCUUGUGCCUAAUCUGAACAUGAGUUUCGUUCUUCAUGAAGACAAAAGUUGAAGUUUCUCCUUCA